AUGGUUGUGUACAUUAUUAAGGAAACAAUCUUUCUCUUUCUCACUGGACUUGGUCUUUUGGGGAACAUGGCUGUUUUUGCCAAUUAUAUAUGCAUUUUCUUUGUGGGUACUGAGAAGAGGUCAGUACACCUUAUUCUCAUCCACUUAGCUUUUACAAAUAUCAUACUUCUCUUUUCCAAAGGAACACCAAAUACAAUAGCUACUUUUGGUUUGGGAAACCUCCUGGGUGAUGGAGGCUGCAAAACUGUUGUUUAUCUGGAGAGGGUGGCUCGGGGCCUCUCCAUCUGCACCAGCAGCCUCCUUGUGGUGGUCCAGGCUGUCAUCAUGAGCCCCGGGGCCUCUGUGUGGGGGAGAGCCAGACCCAGGUCCGCUGGGCACAUCCUCCCACUGCUUCUCUUCUUUUGGAUACUCAAUUGCUUCAUCAGCAUGAAUUUACUCUGUUACAUAAGAAGUACCAACAGCAUGAACACAUCACUGACCAGAAGUCAUCGCUACUGUUAUUUUGUACCAGAAAGCUGGAUAAUAAGAUGGGUGUUUUUCACUUUCCUGUUCCUGCGCGACGCCCUGUUUCAGGGCCUCAUGGCCUGUGCCAGUGACUACCUGGUGCUUCUCCUGCACGCACACCACAAACACGUCCUCUACCUGCAGAACACCCAGCUUCUCUGUACCACUGCCCCUGAGAUCAGAGCUGCCCAGAGUGUUCUCCUCCUCAUGCUUUGCUUCCUUUCUUUUUAUUGGACAGAUUGUAUUAUUUCUCUAUAUUUGUCUUUCUCCUUAGAGCAGGAUUCCAUAACAGCAAAUGUUCGAGAAUUUGCAGCUGUUGGUUAUGCAGUUCUCAGCCCAUUUGUGCUGAUUCACAGAGAUGGAAUCCGGCUGAAUGUUGGUAUAUGCAACAAGAUUGGGUAA